UCUUAUAGGCAGCCGUGAAUAAACGCCAACUCUGCCAUACAAUAGUCAGCGUACGAGGAGAGCACUUGCGCAAACAAAAUAUUUACUAUCUCCAACGGAUUUUCGAGUAAGCGGAGGUAAUAUUGUGCUUAGAGAGACAUCUGCAUCGUGCUAACGUGUUUAAGUUCAAGAGAACACAAAAGGUUGCUCGUUUCAUUCUGGGCUCACAUGAUGCGUAGCCUUCUGCCUAUAAUGCUCUUACCUUUAUUGGUAAUGGGUCCGUCCGAGCAGAUUGGCGUAUCGGAUCUAUUACCUUCGAAAAUUAUGAAAAAUUCUAUUAAACGUAUCACGAACAACGAUGACAUACUUACGCCCUUCGAAACGAAGUACUAUACAGAUUAUUAUUAUGGAAAUAAUACACACAAACUUUAUCGUGAAGUGACGGCAAAGUUUAACGGCCAAGUGCUACAUUGCACUUACGUUGGUGACCGAGAGCUCAUAGCGGGUCUUAUAGGAGAUACCGACACGAAUAUUAACGAGGCGCUUUCUGGGGUACUUCCUAAGACCUUCAUCUCGCCUAUCAAUGUAACUACCGACGAAAUUGACCAAAUGAUCGAUAGCUGCCUUAGCACACCACCAAAUGCAACUGAAUCAUCAGUACCUGGCUUUAAAAAAAUUAUCGACGGUAUCACGGAUGGUGCCAAGAACAUUGCCAGCUAUUUGUUCAUUUUCCCGGGGACAAAAUGGUGCGGGCCUGGAGACGUUGCCCGAAAUUACUCGGACCUCGGAUUAAUGAAAGAAAGCGACAAAUGCUGCCGUGAUCACGACCACGCCCUCGACUCGAUUCCCCGUGGAGAAUCCCGUCAUGGUCUCGAAAAUCCGCUAUUCUAUACGAUAACCAAUUGCGCUGACGACAACAAAUUCUACAGCUGUUUAAAGGACAGCGAGAGUGCGCAUGCCAGUGCAAUCGGAACCAUGUACUUCAAUAUUCUUAAGACUAAAUGCUUCUCUAAACGGAAGCAGGCCCGCUGUGCUAAGAAGUUGCCAUUCUCUCCAUGUCAGAAAUAUACGUACGAUGAGUCCUCCGAAGAGAAGUAUCAAAUAUUUGACCCGGUUAAAUAUCAACCAAAUGCAUCGAUACCGACAAAGAUGAUCAAUAACUUCCUCUUCACAGUACCAGGAGUUGACAACGUAAUGAAGUUAAGGAUUAUCUGCCCGCUCAGGAUGAAACAUAUAGCAGCGGUGAUUUUUCUUUGUGGAUAUCUGUGUUCGACACGACGGUCGGUUGUUGCAGCCAAAAGUCGUCGACCAGGCACUGGCCUAGUUAUUUUUCCCGGUACGAAAUGGUGUGGCAUAGGAAACAAGGCUCGAAGCUACGACGAUUUGGGUGGUGCUGAUGAUACGGACCGCUGCUGUCGAGAACAUGAUCGUGCCCCAGGCGGAAUUAAAGUUGGACAAACACUACACAACAUCACCAAUAAUCUCAGUUAUACGAUAAAACCCUGUGAGGCUGACGAGAAGUUUCGCCAAUGUCUUCGCGGGGUCGACUCGCGAAUAAGCAAACUUGUCGGCCUUAUGUUCUUCAACGUCCUGCGCAGUAAAUGCUAUGCUCUUGAAAAACCAAAGGCGUGUGAAAAGCAAUCGUUCGCGGCCUGCUCGCGUUAUCGAUUGCUACAAAACUUCCCACUCACCUGGAAGUUAGUCGAUAAUAAUCGAUUCUAACCAACAUCUGUAACUAAGUGAUAACUGAAGAAGGUUAAUCCUGCUAGUGAACAAAUAUACCAAUCCAAUAUUAGAUGUCGUAUACGUUU